CGAUCGAUAAGCUUCUGGAAGAACUCGGCUGGCUGGCUAGGCUGGCUCGGCGUCGGAAACGGUGCGCGCACUGGCACGGCGACGUCGACCGUCGACGGCGACGACGACGACGAACCCACGGCCGGCCGGAGUAGCAUCCUUAAUGUCAGACGCGAGCCGCCUCUCGGCCUCCUCAGUUUUGUUUACCGUGUCCUCGCGUAAACAGCGGAGAGCCGGGCCACGAACACGGCAGUGAUGAGGCCCCGUUCCCUGCCCACCCUCGUCGUCAUCCUGAUCCUGAUCGGGGCACCGGACCGCGGUGACGGGAUAUUGUCCAAUACAGUGAAAACAUGGGCGCACAAAUUGGGUUUCGAGCUGUCGCAGGUGGGCAAGUACGUGACCAACGUGGAGAAGUUCCACGACAGCUACAAGGAUGCGAAGGUGACGCAACGUGAUGGUAACGCGUUGGUGCACGAGAUCGCGAAGGACAUCAAGGCGAUGAUGGAGUCCAAGAUAUCGGCCAUCAAGAGAAUAAUGGACGUCGCGGAGACGUCAGCUCUUUCCGCGCCCGACGCCGAUCCCCCGGAGUCGUUCCUCUACAUCAACGCAAAGAACAAUACCAUCGACCUCAAGUACAGUUCCCACUUCGGCGGCCAGGUGAACUUGAACAUGUCCGCCGUCCACGUCCCGACGAACGUCUACGACAGAGCUUCGGACGUGAUCAGAGCGAUCAAAUGGUCCGAGGAGCUGGACAAAACCUUCAUCAACAACUACGAGCAGGACCCGUCGCUGUCUUGGCAAUACUUCGGCAGCGCGACAGGCUUCAUGCGACAGUACCCUGCGACCAACUGGUUCAUGGAACCCGUGGACCUAUUCGACUGCAGGACCAGAAGCUGGUACAUCGAAGCUGCGACCAGCCCGAAGGAUAUUCUGAUCUUGAUCGACACGUCCGGCAGCAUGACCGGGAUACGCAGAGAAAUCGCCAGACACGUGGUCAACAACAUCCUAGACACGCUCGGGAACAAUGAUUUCGUCAACAUCAUCACGUUCUCCAACGUUACCAAAGAGGUGGUGCCUUGCUUCAACGACACACUGGUCCAGGCGAACCUGGCGAACGUGAGGGAGCUGAAAAGAGCGAUUUCGAACCUCGACACGGAGAAGAUCGCGAACUUCUCCCUGGCCUUGACCACCGCGUUCGAGCUGCUCGACUCCUAUCGAUACGAGAGGGAGGGCGCGAGGUGCAACCAAGCGAUCAUGCUGAUAACGGACGGAGUGCCGUACAACUACAAAGAGAUCUUCGAAACUUACAAUUGGAGGGACAAUCAAGACGAGCCGUUUAAGGCUGACAUGCCAGUUAGAAUGUUCACUUACCUGAUAGGCAGAGAAGUGGCGGACGUGAGGGAGGUUCAGUGGAUGGCCUGCGCCAAUAGGGGAUACUUCGUCCAUCUUUGCACCCUGGCCGAAGUCAGGGAACAGGUGCUCAAAUACGUCCCGGUAAUGGCGCGGCCAUUGGUGCUGGGGCGCAGCGAUCACCCGACAAUAUGGACGCCGGUGUACGCUGACAUCACGGACCCGAAGAUGACCGAUUGGCUGUGGGAGCAGCGCGAGAGCGAGGCGCAAAAGGAGCGGUUCCUGCAGCUGCACCGGCGGAAGAAGCUCUUCAACGCGGAGGAACGGGACCGCAGGUUCGUGAAGAAGCAGAAGAAGGACCACGACCAGUACGGCGAUCUUCAGGAGUACAAGCUGAUGACCUCGGUCAGCAUGCCGGUGUUCGAUCGACGCGAGAACGCGAACAUCACAAGGCAGGUGCUGGUGAACGAGGCGUACUGGGUGACAGAGACAAGAGAGACACGGAUCGCUGAUCUCCUCGGUGUCGCUGGCACGGACGUUCCGAUCGAAGAAAUACAGAAACUCAUGAUGCCGCACAGGCUCGGCGUCAACGGAUACGCGUUCAUCGUGACCAAUAACGGUUUCAUCCUGAUUCAUCCCGACCUCCGACCAGUGUUCCAAGGCAUCCUGAAGCCAGCGUACAACAGCGUUGACAUGGCGGAGGUUGAGCUGAUGGAUCAGGAUAGGGAACCAAGGGAGUUCGACGAGGGAAUUCUUAUGCUUCGGAAUGACGUGGUCAAUCAGAAGAACGGUAGCGUCACGCUUCUCACAAAGUAUCAUUACGACGAUAUGAAACGGGUGGGCAGAGUGAAGAGGAAAUACGAUUACACGGGUAUACCGAACACACCGUUCACGGUGGUGGUCAGUCUGCCGGAAUAUGAUCACACCGGAAGUAAUCGCGUGCACGCAACCCAGGAAAUACAUCGUUUGCACAUCACUGGCACGAACUUAUCGGAUUAUUUCACUGGUUCGAACUGGCGGGUGCAUCCUCAUUGGUUGUACUGCAAAUAUCACUACGAAGGUGAUCGAUCGUUCAAUAACUCUGAGGGUCAGCUCCUACAUUUCCUUAAGCGCAUCCACCAGCCAGGCUGGAAAUGGAAAGACAUGAAACAACCAUCCCAGCCGCCAGAAUACUCGGCCACGAGUUCCGGUAACGACACCGAUCGUAAAUCGAAACCCACGGCAUACAAAGCGGACAAGGAGUCGUAUUACUGCGAUAGAGAACUUCUACAUAGCCUGGUGUUCGACGCAAAGGUAACCGAAUGGUUUGCGAACCCCAGCACCACACGCGAAGAAAAAGGACCUUUAGCUAGGCUGAUGAAUCUGCUGCCCAGGGAAGAGUUCCAACAACGUUUCGGCGUGACGCUCGCGUUCAUGUCCACCCACAGUGGCCUGACGAGAUGGCAGGACUUUCUGACAGACGAGGAGGCUAACAUCCCAGAGGACCAUUUCAGCAAGAAGAUGUACUAUAAAGCCAUAGAUGAGGUGUGGUACAAGCGUGCCGUGGAGCAGCACUACGUGAAUCCGGACAGUUUCGUGUUCUCUGUGCCAAUCGACGAGGAGGGUGCCGAUAAUACCACCAUUGUCACUGCCAGCCGUGCCAUUUUUAUCGGAUCCCAAGGAACGAAGGCGCCAGUCGCGGUCGUGGGUUUCCAGUUCCAGCAUACCGCCCUCCAAGGACUCUUCCAGAAUAUAACGUACAAUUGCGAGGGACAGGGCAACUGUCACGCGCAUUGCGGCGCAGACAAAUGGGCCUGCUACUUGAUCGACAACAACGGCUACGUGAUUGCAGCCGAGGACGAGACCGACGCCGGCAAGUUCUUCGGCGAGCUUAGGGGGCCGAUCAUGGCCAACCUCGUAAAGGAGGGCGUCUUCGAGAGGAUCAGGAUAUUCGAUUACCAAGCCGUGUGCUUCAAAAGCACGCAGACCAGCAACGACGCGAAUAUCUUGCUCACGCCGUGGAAGAACGUCCAGAAACUGAUCGCCUGGCUCGUGGGGCAAGCAGCCUGGGCUUGGGCCAAAGCUGGAAUUUGGGAAUCCGAGUACGCUGAGGCGUUUGCUUACCCGAACGAGGAGGAGGGUAUCCACGAGGACUACCAGGAGAACGAAGAUAAGGCGCCAGUCGACGCGAAAGACGAGAAAAUGUUCGAUCAGAAGGUUCUGAUCAAUCGCACCAGGCCGGAGGCUUGCGACAAAGAGGUGUACCUGUACCUGCGUAACGUAUCCUUCGACUCGUUCGACGUUGAGCCGAGCACGAACGACGAGUGUAUGAGGCCGUACAUCGUCCAGCCGGUGGACUUCAGCAACAUGCUACUGUUGGUUGUGAACACGGACUGCAUCGACAUGAUGUCACCCCCGUUGAGCGUCGUGCCGGAGGAGGUGACGUACGAGAACAACUCGCUGGUGUGCCAGAAGGCGCUCACCACUCUGAAGAGGAAGCGACCAGAGUCCUGCAUACGCACUCACCCGAGGGAGAGCGAAAUCAGAGACCUCUGCGGGCUGGCCGUGAACGCGGCGCCGGACAUCUACCUCCUGAUCCUGUUGGUGACCAGCUGCGUCCUCGUCAGACGAGUCGUCUUCGGUCACGACUAAUCCUGGCCCGCCUGGCUCAGGGACGUCGACCGUUAACGGGUUCUGGGCCGACGAAGGCGAACGAGGAUCGUCGCUUUCUUCGCGGCCGAUCGUAGAUCGUGGUUAGGCGGUUCUCUCUCGUGCGACGAGACCGCGCGUUGCCAAUCGUCGUUCAGCUUUUAAACGGGAGAAAGUACAAUUUCGAGGUGAUUCGUUGCGAGGUAUUCAAUGUUUCAUUUGAUCUUUUUUCAUUUCUCUUUCUCUCUCUCCCUGUUUUUCGAUAGUCACCGCGACUCCAAGGUAUUUCUAGUAUGUAUCUAUAGCGACGCUGUACUAGCCGGGAGAAACACAACUCCUGGUGCUGUCCGCCGACGCGCUGUCCGCCGCAGGCCGGGUCUGCGACGAGCAUCCGCCGUCGAGCCUGGACGUUCAUCGUGUUCUCCACGGGACGAGGGUUGGUUCAGGCUGUUUCGCGUUAGAGAAUUUACUCGGCAAACAAUGAAUGAACGGCGGCCGGGUCUAGAAUCCGAAUGAGACGUCCGUGAUUCAGUGCCGAACACUAGUCCUAAUGAAAAAUGAACAAAAAAAACGACCUUACUGCCCAGAAUGCAACGCGGUAUCUACCCCCGUACGCGUCCCUGCUCCACCACAUGUUUUCGUUCCUGUCUUUCUUUCUUUCUCGUUUACCACAAGGCAAAAUUUUCAUCGAACGACGGAGGACGUUUCGUUCCGCAAAUAAAAUCGCUGCUUAGACGAAAAUUUUGUCCUUUUUUGGUGUUCGGUUGGUCGUUCAAGUUCUCGACGCCUCUUGCGAUCGGUAGCGUGUCAGGAAGCUUUCUCGUAACGAAUCGAUUGUCGAAACAAUGAACCUUCCUGAAGCGUCCAAUGCCGAUAGAAUAGAGAAAGCAACGAGGAAAGUUUCUUGUUAAUUGUAGUUGCACGAUUCGCGGGGGUUGAUUCUUCCCUUUCAGAACUGACGGAUCCUUUGAUUCGGCAAGGGAUUGAUCUAUGGGUUCGUCGGUUGAUCAUGAAACGUUGUAACGCGUGUUCGCGCGGUUCAAAUUGCUCGCGAACGUAGGAGGCGAUUUCCGGCGACCGAGGACACAUAUUUCUUAGCUGAGGAACGAGCUAAAAGCCAAGUUACGAACGAGGAAGUCUAAUCUCGAGGGCUCGUAGGUAGCAUGCAUCCACGUUUCGUAGCAUAAUUGGCGAACGGAGCCGUCGCGAUGAUGAAAUCGCAUUUGGCCGACCGGUUGAUUCGCGCUCACGCCUGCCGCCGGUGUAAUUUCUAGAGCGAUGAAGCAAUUAGAGUCUGAUUAGGGGACGGUCGGAGCAGGGCCGUGAUACGCGGGCGUACGUUCGCGAUACCAUGGGACACAU